GGGAGGGAGAGAGACAAAGCUAGUCGACGGUUUGAACGAGACCCACUGACCUAUCGACCCGCGUACGCGAUUCUACCGUGGCGUCCCUCGUACCUUCCUUCAUUUUUUCUUUCGAUCGAAUAAUCGUAGGAUACAAAUCUUCAUCUUUAUCUUUAUCACGCACAACACAUCAUCAUUGUUCUAAGGUAAAACAACAACGGGACGCGUCGUUUUGUUGUUGCCCGUGCAAAUUGACGACAACAACACAACGAAAACGAAGAAAACGAAAACGACGAAGACGAAGACGAAGACGACGACGAAGAAGAAGAAAACGACGACGAAGAAAAAGAAAACGACGAAGACGACGACGACGACUAUGCGCUGCUGUUCUUGGUGCGCGAAUCAACGAGUCGUUCUUUGAACGAGACCCACUGACCGACCUAUCGACUCUCUCAUCUACUAACCGAGCACCGUUUUCCUUCUCUCUCCUCUUUCUCCCCUCUUCUUCUUUCUAUCCGUCCACCCGUUCAGAAACAACCCUCCACGUCGUCAUCAACGUCGUCAUCGGCCCGUCGUCGUGUUGGUUUAUCGUCCUCGUCACCAAAACGUUAUUCUUCUUUCCUUCCUUCUUUCCUUCUUUCCUCCCUCUUCCCUUUCCCUUCCCUUCCUAUUCCUUCUACCUUAAGUCACCCUUCACUUCUCUCUCUCUCUCUUUUCUAUCAUCUAACACGCUCGGUAUUCCUUUUGAUAUCGGAUGCGUCGAACCUUAAGAAGGAUCUCCAUUGAUCAGUUCUAUCUAAAAGGAACAACAACAAGAAGAGACAAAAAAAGGAUAUGAAAUAAAAACUGCCCAAGAAUAAUAAUAUUAAUCACUGGCAGAAUAUAAUAACUUGGUAAUUCUACUCUGUUAUCGAACGUAAUCGAUGUCACGUCAUUCGAGAUCGUUAGAUCACCGUGUUCAUUGGAACAACUCAAUGCCUUCUUAUGAUAAUUGGAAUUCAUUGAGAUCUUGUUAUUGUCAUAAUUACGUGUAUCGAGAACCGCGUGAAAUCAGUUGUCGCGGUAAAUCGAAAAUAAACAGGAGGAAUGUAAUAAUAAAAGAGAAAGUUGUAAAAGAAGAAGAAGAAGGUUUUAGCAUCGUAAGAAGAAAUAUAAGAAUAAUAACAAUAACAAUAAGUUCGCUAUUAGCGAAUACAAUAUUCCUGUUGGCAUGGCGUCGAAAAUUAGCAACGAGAAUUUCGUUGACUUUAUUGAACAACUGACGUUGUUGUCCUUUUCAUCGUCACAGUCAUCAUCAUCAUCAUCAUCAUCAUCAUCGUCAUCAUCAUCAUCAUCAUCAUCAUUAUCAUCGUCGUCGUUGUCGUCGUUGUUGUUGUUAUUAUCCUUCGCGAGAUCGACGACUCCUCCUUAUCGUCGUUGCGUUCAACGAUAGGUCGGUCGGUCGAGCAUGUCGAGUUACCAUCGUGUGCUGCCUCCUCUAUCGAUCGUUUGUUCGUUAAAUUAUUAAACACACGCAUGUACACUCAUACACACACACACACACACACACACACACACAUAGACACACAUAUUCGUCAUCGUUUACGAAGAAACAUAAGAGAAAAAGUCUGAUUUCGCAACAACAACAACAACAACAACUUCAACAACAACUGCAACAUCAACUACAACAACAUUAACAUCAAGAAUAAGAAGAAGAAGAAGAAGAGCAAUAGACACGACUUUAAUACCUAACCCCAAGUGAUAGGAAAUCCAAGAGCCAAAGGGUUACGGAACGUGUCAGACUGACAUCGAGACAUUAAGGGGAAACUGUCGUCGCGAAAAAAACUUUAAGUAUUCACGAACUAGCGCGCUAGCUAGCUAGGUCGACCCUGAAAACCAUCGUGCCGCUUUAAAAUCGUCGUUUAGUCGAAUACGAUCGGUGUGUGUACGAUUACGAUCCAUUUUUAUUCAAUUUUUUUUUUUUGGGGAGUCAGUCCCACGACAGAUACGAAUAAAAAUUUCCAAAGAAAGAACAUAAAACAACAACAAAAUAUGUAUCCCACGUUUAAGAGAUAUUACUUUCUAUUAAUCGAUUUUAAUUGAAUAGAAGAAGUAAAACAAAUAAAACAUAAGCAAAAGAAGAGGAAAAAAAUUCAAUUGAAGAAAAAGCAGAAGAAAAAAAAUUAAAAAUGGCAGAGAGCGCGGCUAGUCCAGGUAGCGUGCAAGUCGCUGCCAAUAGCCCGCAACAACAGCAACAACAACAGCAACAGCAAACCCAGCAACCACCGGAUAUAAGCAGUUCGCAGUUAGCCUCACCACCGAUCACGGGAACAGCCCAGAUCGAGAUAAUCCCGUGCAAGGUGUGCGGCGACAAGAGCAGCGGAGUUCAUUACGGUGUGAUCACCUGCGAGGGUUGCAAAGGUUUCUUCAGGCGGUCCCAAUCGUCUGUAGUCAACUACCAAUGUCCGCGGAACAAAAACUGCGUGGUCGACCGUGUAAACAGAAACCGGUGCCAGUAUUGUCGUUUGCAAAAGUGCCUACGCCUUGGCAUGUCCAGAGAUGCCGUUAAAUUCGGGCGUAUGUCAAAGAAACAGAGGGAAAAGGUCGAGGAUGAGGUCAGGUUUCAUAGGGCACAAAUGAGAGCGGCCUCUGAAACGGCUCCCGAUAGCAGUGUGUUCGAGCAUCAAACGCCCAGCAGUUCGGAUCAGCACCACCCUUACAACGGCGGGUACCCGUACGGUGGAAGCGAAUACGCAUCACCAGGACCCGGUACAGGUGGUUCAGGUUAUUACAAUCAUCAAGCGAUGACGAAUUACGAGCUGAGCGCCGAUUACGUCGACAGUACGACGACCUACGAUCCUAGGCCGACGCAGACGCAAGUGACGGACACCGUUGCACCAGACACACCCUCAGCAGUCACGGCAACUGGAGUAUUACCCAGUGUGGUCACCACCGGAAAGUCGCUAUCUGCCUCGACAACCGGAAGCAGCACAGGCGGUGGUGGCAGCGGGGGCGGGGGUAGCAGUGCUGGUGGAGGCGGCGGCGGCGGCGGGGGAGGAGGAGGAGGAGGAGGUGGUGGAGGAGGCAGCAGCGGCGGUGGAAGUGGUGGUGGUGGUGGUGGUAACGGUGGUAGCAACGCUGGUAGUACCAGUAGUGGUGGUGGAGGAGGAGGUGGGGGUGGUGGUUCACUGAGCGGGGGUGGAAUCGUUGCUGUCAAGCAAGAAAGUACCGUCGAACUCGCCAGCUUGGGACACGGCUCGUACACGAUGGUCGACUCGACGACCUUUCUGAGCGGUCAGCAACAGAGGGUCAGCAAUCCAUCCGAGGACGACGAAGUGCCGAGUCUGCCCAAUCCGGCACAGAUAAGCGAGCUGCUCUCGAAGACGAUAGCGGACGCACACGCGAGAACGUGCCUGGUGUCGACGGAACAAAUACAGGAGUCAUUCCGGAAGCCUCACGACAUAUCCAGAUUGCUCUAUUACAAAAACAUGGCGCACGAGCAACUUUGGCUUGAAUGCGCGCAAAAGUUAACCACUGUUAUCCAGCAGAUCAUCGAGUUCGCUAAGAUGGUCCCUGGAUUUAUGAAGCUCUCCCAGGACGACCAGAUUGUUUUACUCAAGGCCGGUUCCUUCGAGUUGGCUGUGCUACGAAUGAGCAGGUACCUCGACCUCGCGCAAAAUUGCGUCCUGUACGGUGACACGAUGUUACCUCAAGAUGCAUUCUACACGACGGACACGGCGGAAAUGAAGUUGGUUUCCUGCGUGUUCGAACUUGCUAGAAGCGUUGCCGAAUUGAAGCUAACCGAAACGGAGUUGGCGCUUUACAGCGCGGCGGUAUUACUAAGUCCUGAUCGACCGGGACUGAAGGGAUUGGCGGAAAUAACGAGGCUUUAUCAAGCGGUGAUACGUGCACUGAGGUCGGAGUUGGACCGGAAUCACGUGUCACCGAUAAAAGGGGACGUAACCGUGUGCGAUGCGAUCCUCGCUAAGAUUCCCCAACUGCGUGAGAUCUCGCUCUUACACAUGGACGCCCUGGCAAAGUUCAAACGGUCGCAACCGCACCUCGAGUUUCCGGCCCUUCACAAAGAGCUUUUCAGCGUCGACAGCUGAACGAUCGACGCGACGCAGGGCGUCCCGACGCUGACAAACAAAGCGGAACGCGAAUAGCGCGGGGCCUUGCUCUGUCGAGGUGAGUUCCGAGCGGGUACUCGAACAAAACUCUGUGAGAGAAAGAGAGAGAGAGAGAGAGAGAAGAGAAAAGAGAAGAGAGAGAGAGAACAGAUGAUCAAAAUAUCAAAGGAUGAUGAGAUACGAGAAUAAAAAAAACCACCCCUGAUAAUAUAAUAAUCCGUGUGUGUGCGUGCAAAAACAAAACAAAAACAAAAAUAGAAAAUAAAUCAAUUAACCCUUUGGAUACAUUUGACGUCUGAGACACGUCAUUCACUUUUUUUCUCCUAGGAACGAAUGACGUGUUUAAAACGUCAAACCAAAAAUUAAACUCUUGGGUAGAUUUGAAGUCUGAGGAGAGUCGUCAUUCACUUGUUUUUUUCAUUCACCAUGUCGUUUGGCAGCGAUUAUUUGAAGACAUCUUAAUACUAUACAUAUGUCACCAAUAUUUUAGAAAUAAAAAUAAAUUCUUACAUAAAAUGUAUUGCUUUUACAUACUACUCUCGAAGCAACCAAAAAUUAUAUCCGUUCCACGUGCAAAUAUUUUCUUAAACAAAUCCGUACCCAAAGGGUUAAUAAUAAUAAUAAUAAUAAUAAUAACAUAAUUCGUGACGAGGACAAAAUUGGGGGAAGAAAAAAGGUGUGCGUGUUCUCACUCUCUUUCUCUCUCUCUCUCUCUCUCUCUCUCUCUCUC